AUGGCCGUCCUCUGGGCCCUCUCCCUCCUCCACUCCUACCUCCUCGUGUUCCUCCGCGGCCGGGCGGCCGCCCCUCGCCGCCGGCAGCCCCGGCCCGCCGAAGGCCGCUGUCCCAUCUGCGUCGUCACGGGGGCGACGUCGGGGCUGGGCAGGGCGGCGGCGGCGGCGCUCGCGCGGGAGGGCUACCACGUCGUGCUUGCUGGACGUUCCACGCAGUUCUUACACGAGACUGUUCAAGAAAUUCAGAGGCAACAGCCAGAUGCCUAUCUCAAAGAGUUUCAGGUCGACUUGGCAUCCUUCAAGUCAAUUAAGAAGUUUGGAAGUUCUCUCAAGCAAUGGGUUCAGGAGAAAAAUUUGGAGCCUUCUAUUCAGCUUUUGGUAAAUAAUGCUGGAAUAUUAGCGAGGUCGCAUCGAAUUACUGAGGAUGGUCUUGAUGAGUACGUGCUUCACUUGAUAGUGUCCCAGCAAAAGAAAAUCAUUGCGUCAUCAAAUGAUGUUGUUUGUCAGCAUUAA